CCUCGCGGCCGGAGGGAGCGGCCGGAUGGAGCGGAGGAUGAAAGGCGGAUACUUGGACCAGCAAGUGCCCUACACCUUCUGCAGCAAAUCUCCCGGAAAUGGGAGCUUGCGCGAAGCGCUGAUGGUCCCGCAGGGGAAACUCAUGGACCCCGGCUCCCUGCCGCCCCCCGACUCCGAAGAUCUCUUCCAGGAUCUAAGUCACUUCCAGGAGACGUGGCUCGCUGAAGCUCAGGUACCAGAUAGUGAUGAACAGUUUGUUCCUGAUUUCCAUUCAGAAAACUUAGCUUUCCACAGCCCCACCACCAGGAUCAAGAAGGAGCCCCAGAGUCCCCGCACAGACCCGGCCCUGUCCUGCAGCAGGAAGCCGCCACUCCCCUACCACCAUGGCGAGCAGUGCCUUUACUCCAGUGCCUAUGACCCCCCUAGACAAAUCGCCAUCAAGUCCCCCGCCCCUGGUGCCCCCGGACAGUCGCCCCUGCAGCCCUUUCCCCGGGCAGAACAACGGAGUUUCGUGAGAUCCUCUGGCACCUCCCAGCCCCCCCCUGGCCAUGGGUACCUCGGGGAGCAUAGCUCCGUCUUCCAGCAGCCCUUGGAUAUUUGCCACUCCUUCACAUCCUCUCAGGGAGGGGGCCGGGAGCCCCUCCCAACCCCCUACCAACACCAGCUGUCGGAGCCCUGCCCACCCUACCCCCAGCAGAGCUUCAAGCAGGAAUACCUGGACCCCCUGUACGAACAGCUGGCCAUGGGCCAGGGUGGGGUCAAUGGGCACAGGUACCCAGGGGCGGGGGUGGUGAUCAAACAAGAGCAGACGGACUUCGCCUAUGACUCGGAUGUCCCUGGGUGUGCGUCAAUGUACCUUCACACAGAGGGUUUCCCCGGACCCUCUCCAGGUGACGGGACCAUGGGCUAUGGCUAUGAGAAACCUGUGCGACCAUUCCCAGAUGAUGUCUGUGUCGUCCCUGAGAAAUUUGAAGGAGACAUCAAGCAGGAGGGGAUGGGAGCAUUCCGAGAGGGACCGCCCUACCAGCGCCGGGGUGCCUUGCAGCUGUGGCAGUUUCUGGUGGCCCUGCUGGAUGACCCAACGAAUGCUCACUUCAUUGCCUGGACGGGCCGGGGGAUGGAGUUCAAACUAAUCGAGCCUGAGGAGGUCGCCAGGCUCUGGGGCAUCCAGAAGAACCGGCCCGCCAUGAAUUACGACAAACUGAGCCGCUCACUCCGAUACUAUUAUGAGAAAGGCAUCAUGCAGAAGGUGGCUGGAGAGCGUUACGUAUACAAGUUUGUGUGCGAGCCUGAGGCCCUCUUCUCUCUGGCCUUCCCGGACAAUCAGCGUCCAGCUCUCAAGGCCGAGUUUGACAGGCCGGUCAGUGAGGAAGACACAGUCCCUUUGUCCCACUUGGACGAGAGCCCUGCCUACCUCCCAGAGCUGGCUGGUCCUACCCAGCCCUUUGGCCCUAAGGGUGGCUAUUCCUACUAGCCCCUGGCAGCUGCUCCCUGGCCACCGGGGUGCUGUCCUGUGUACAUAUAGAUGAAUCUGGUGUUGGGGAAACCCUCACUCUGAAACCCACAGAUGUCUUGGAGCAGGUCCCCACUGGCCUAUCAGCCGCCCUGGCCCAGACUCUGAGCUGUGCACCAGAGUCCAUGGGAAGGACACGUGGAGACACUGCAGGUGCAAGUUGGAGUCUCAGAAACUCCUGAGGGUCUCACCUCUGGCCUCUUCCUAGGUCCAUCCUAGAGGCCCAAGCCCCACCCCCUCCCCCCAUCACAGAGAACAAGGGUUUGUUCUCUUCUGGGGGACAAAGAAGCAUCCCUACUUUACCCUGGUGGGGAGGAUGCACUGGGCUCCCCAGAUCGCCCGCUGUGGGGAGGCAGAAGCCUGGAUCUUGCACUCCACUCCAAGCUGUGGCCCUGGAGGGUCCUGCUUGUCAGCUCUUGGUGCUCUGUU